AUGGCCAAAGCCCGUGUUAAGAAGCGCACUCACCUGCGCCCCCAAAAUGCGUCCUCCGCCGCCAACAAGGCCAGCGCCGCCCAGAUGACCAAAACUCCCAAGAGUAUGGUCAUUCGAGUCGGUGCUUCCCAGGUCGGUUCCAGCGUCAGUCAGCUGGUAAAGGAUGUCCGUCAAAUGUUGGAGCCAGACACUGCAGUGCGAUUGAAGGAACGCAAAUCGAACCGAUUGCGCGAUUACACCGUCAUGACUGGCCCUCUUGGCGUGACCCAUCUCCUCCUCUUCUCCAAAUCCAAGACUGGAAACACUAACCUGCGACUUGCACUCACGCCUCGAGGCCCAACUCUCCACUUCCAAGUCGAGAACUACUCCCUCUGCCGCGACGUCGAGAAGGCGAUGAAGCGCCCCCAAAGUGGUGGCCAGGACCAUAAAACCCCACCGCUGCUGGUCAUGAACAACUUCAACACCCCGGGUGCCACCGAGGACUCGAAGGUGCCGAAACGCCUUGAGGCUCUGACAACUACAAUCUUCCAAUCGCUGUUCCCGCCCAUCAACCCGCAAACUUCACCAUUGCACUCUAUCCGCCGUGUCAUGCUGUUAAACCGUGAGACUACUGGCUCUGAAGAUGAUGGCUAUGUCCUCAGCCUCCGACACUACGCUAUCGCGACAAAGAAGACAGGGGUGUCAAAACGUAUUCGCCGAUUGGACCCGAAGGAAAUUCGCCACCGAGAGAAGAAGAAGACCGCAGUACCAAACCUGGGUAAACUGGAAGAUGCUGCAGACUACCUCCUCGAUCCGUCUGCCGCGGGCUACACCUCGGCAAGCGAGACCGAACUCGAUACCGACGCUGAGGUAGAGGUCGCUGAGAGUACGACGCGAAAGGUCUUGAACAAGCGGGAGCAACAGCGCCAAAAAGCUGCUGAAAAGGGCGAAAAGAAGGAGGCGACUGCCCCAGGUGUUGAGAAGCGGGCGGUCAAACUUGUCGAACUAGGCCCGCGCAUGAGGCUCCGAUUGAUGAAGGUGGAGGAAGGGGUCUGUGAUGGCAGGAUCAUGUGGCACGAUUUCAUCAAGAAGACCGAAGGAGAGAUUCGGUCUCUGGAUAAGAGCUGGGAGGCUCGCCGCCAACAAAAGGAGCAGAGAAAGAAGCAACAGCGGGAGAACAUCGAGCGCAAGAAGCAGGCCAAAGCCAAGGCGAAGGCGAAUGGAGAGACCGUGGAGGAUGACGACGAAGAGGAUGUUGAUAUGGACGACGAGGACUGGCUCAGCGAUGAUUCCUUUGAUGCCGGAAAUCAGCAAGUAGAUGAUGAGGAUGAGGACGAGUCUAUGGAAGAGUAA